CGUCGGUCGAUCAAUCAGUUGGCACUGAGCGUGUAGAAUGAAUGGAGCAUAAUCAUACACACAAAUGCAGAGCAGCGUUGAGCAUCAGAAAUUGCGUCGAGUGAGCGAAUUCCGAUCUACCGACGUAUGGGGUAACGGUGGCACAACGAAUCUUCGGAGAAGCGUAGCUUACUAUGAUGAUGGUGACGAGGAAGAAGAUGAAGUACUAACGAAGCGAGGUUCCUGGUCGGGAAGAUUUGAUUUUCUGCUGUCGCUGCUCGGAUACUCGGUUGGACUGGGCAAUGUUUGGCGGUUUCCAUAUCUUUGCUACAAUAAUGGAGGAGGUGCUUUCUUAAUUCCAUUCACCGUUAUGCUGGUGUUCGCCGGUUUGCCAUUGAUGUUCAUGGAACUUUCGCUAGCACAGUAUGCGGGAUUGGGACCCGCAGUGCUGUUCGGACGUUUCGCCCCACUGCUGCAGGGAUUGGGUUUGGGAAUGGUACUUGUCGCCGGUAUUGUAAUGCUGUACUACAACGUAAUCCUUGCUUGGACUCUUUUCUACAUGCUAGCAUCGUUCGAGGAGCCUUUGCCGUGGAAGGGUUGUAACCAUGAUUGGACUAGUAUGCUGUGCUAUUCCUACGAGGAAGAAAAUAAAUGCUUCAGUAGCAACGGUACCUAUUACAUGCGAGAGUGCUAUGCGAAUGCUAGUUUCAUUGGGAAUAUUACAAAGGUACCGAAAAAACCGCCAGCAGAGGAAUUUUUCAAAAACUAUGUUCUCCAACUUUCUAGUGGCAUUGAACAUACGGGGCAGAUUAGCAUCACCUUAGCGCUGUCUCUACUGGCAGCGUGGCUUAUCGUAUUCUUGUGCUUAUGCAGGGGAGUGAAAUCUUCCGGAAAAGUAGUCUAUUUCACUGCCCUCUUCCCCUACGUUGUGCUGGUGAUGUUAUUCGUAAGAGGCCUUACUCUUCCAGGCGCUCAUGCGGGUAUUAUGUACUAUCUGGAACCAGACUGGGAAAAGUUAAAAAGUGCUCAAAUUUGGGGCGAUGCCGCCGUCCAGAUUUUCUUCGCUUUGAGUCCAGCCUGGGGUGGACUUCUAACGCUUGCAUCAUACAACAAGUUUACCAAUAACUGCUACCGAGAUGCUAUUAUAGUGGCUACCUCCAAUAUUUUAACGUCGUUUUUUGCUGGCUUUGUGAUAUUUUCGAUACUUGGAUUUUUAGCUCACGAACUUGACACCGAGGUCGGUAGUGUUAUUGAUCAAGGGGCUGGAUUGGCUUUUGUUGUGUUUCCGGAGAUGGUGACAAAGCUGCAAAUGCCAAUAUUUUGGUCAGUGCUAUUUUUCUUCAUGUUACUAACGCUUGGACUAGACUCUCAAUUCGCCCUGAUGGAGACUGUAGUGACUGGCAUACUGGACACUUUCCCAAAGUGGAGACGCUGGAAAUUGCGGGUAGUGUUUGUAGUGGCAGCCGUAGGAUACAUCGGUGGCUUAGUGUUCAUUACUAAUAGCGGCAUGUACUGGUUCCAGCUGGUAGAUAAAUAUGCUGCCAAUUGGUCAGUGUUAUUGAUUGCAACCAUUGAAUGCAUACUGAUUGCGUGGAUCUACGGGUCGGAGAGGUUCAUAUCUAACAUCGAGGAAAUGAUUGGACGCCGGUCAAAUGGUUUCAUUCGCUUUUGGACGCUGAUUUGGAAAUUCGUCACACCAGCCACGCUAUUGUUUAUUCUUUGUUUCAAUUGGAUCCAGUAUAAGCCGGUAUCGUAUGGAAAGUACUCCUAUCCGGAAUGGGCCGACAUUGUUGGUUGGGCAAUAGGGCUCUUACCUAUGGCAGUAGUGGUGAUAACGGGCUUAUAUAAAAUUAUAUCCGAUACCAGUGGCCAACCGAUAACGCAGAAAAUAGUUAACCUCCUCAAACCGACCGAUGAGUGGAAGGCGGCACGGCCAUCACUGUACCAAUUCGAAUAUGAUGACCAUGGCAUUGAAAUCUAGCGAUAUCACCACCGUUGACAUUGCCCUGAUCUGGUUAAAAUGCAAAAUUCUUCGGUCCAUAGGUAAUGGCGGUUGCAUUAUCGUAGGUGCUCAUAUCACAUAAUUUAUCAACCUAUUGUAGUAUCGUUUGCUCUAGUCUAUAGCACUUGUGCUUAAAUAAAUACCUAUAUAUAUUCGUGUUAUUGUUUGAACGAUUAAUUACACCUUCGCCAAAUUGUUGGCAGACUUCGCAGCUAUAAAUGCUUGGUGAUAAUAAUGUGUUAUCUUGAAAAGACGUUUCCAAUAAAUAUUUGUGUGGAUA